GAUCACGACGCCUCCGGAGAGCGUGACGUCUGUUGAGGCCCUGGCGGAUCAGGCGUUCUCGCUCCCGCCAACGCUGCCCCCCGCGCUGCCGGACAUGCUGCCGCCGGCCGCUCCGGGGAACGUGAAGAACAGUUCUGUAGUUUCAGGAUCGAAAAGUAGAGAACCGGCACAGCUCCUGCCGGGUGUAGACGGAACUGGGGUCGCGUCGACUGUUCUUAAUCCACCUCCUGCUUGUUCUCUUGCAGCUGCAGGACCACCAACAGGUCCUCCUGCGCGUGCUCCGCCUGGGCUUCAUCCCGGCCAACAACUUACCGCUGGAGAUCAACAUGAGCAGAAGGGAUCCGGGUCCAACAAAACUCCUACGAAAGGCGAGGUGCCGCAGCUUGGAAUGAUACCUGGUGAGAGAAUAGAUCCUUCCUCUUCAUCCUCUCUUGCCACCCCGGAGCAGUUUUACUUGCAUCACCGCAAGAUGAUGGGAACAACGACGACAGAUGAGGACCCGCAGCUGCACGGUAGCACCAAACUGAAGCAGCAACUUUCGCCCGGAACCAACAUGACCGAAGAUCUGAACAAAACCGCGGAAACGACCGCCAGCAGCUCGUGGGACCAACUGCAAAAUCCCGGAACAACUACUACCCUCAGCCAGAGUGCGGGAACCAUGUCUCCGGACCAAAUAAACCCGGACGUCUCCGGCGUUCCGAACACGUUUUACAGAGCGGGGUACAAGCUUCCCGACCAUGUUCUGCACGGGGGAGAGGCUCUUGGCGAUGGAGCGAUUACUGAAGCGGUGAAUCAUGAGCAGCUGCAUGAUCAUCCGACAUCUGCAUCUUCAAGAACACACGGGGUAGAAGAUGUUAAUGCCAUUAACCAGAGCUGCAACGUCGAGAACUAUCCGGCCGGCUACGGAGACUACGACUUUCUCGCGAUGGGGUUUACUUUGGGGAAAAACGGCCAGUGGGUGCCGCCCGGUGGAGAUUGUGGUGGCGAUGGGGAGGCUGGAACUCUACUUACGUCGGGAGAAGAUGAAAAUGUAAAUACUACUUCGAAUUGUCAACAUGGGUUUACUUCCACUCACGACGAUGUAGCUCCUCACCCUUUAUUGCUGCAAAAUAAUUCGUCUUCUUUAUCCAAGACGGACCAGCUGAAGCAACUGAUCAAGCCCGUUGGGGACAAGGACCCGGCCUUAAAGCAUGCCGAGGAGCAGCUGAAGCAGGCGCUGCUGGAAGCCGAAGCGGCAAAGAUCGGCCCGCCGCCGCCCGCUUUGCCCGGGGCCUUGAGGCUGCAACAGGGAAAUACUGGUGCGAUGGCAGCCAGUAGUGGACAACAACAUCUACUUCGAGAGGCAAGCAGCAGUUCCUCAUGCUCUGGGACGUCGGAGGUUGUUGCAACUACCACCGCGGGAGGGGCCAACGGAAUUGGGGCCGAUCCUACAACCUGUGGCCCCGACCUUCUUUCCACCGUCGGCGCGCUAGAUACUGCUCUCACGACACAACCACUACAUCCGGGGGGCGACGCGACAACCGCUGCUCCGGCGACCACUUGUUCUAUGGCUGCCUUCAACGUGAACCCUAUGACAUUUGACCCGAACGCAGUGGCAUUUACACCCGGAUUCAAUCCAGUCGACCCCAGUGCAGCAGCAGCUGCUGCUAUGGGCGCAGUACCACCUCCCGGUGCAGCUACUGCAGGCGGUUACUUCGACCCGAUGACUGGUGUGUGGGUCAACACUUCCGGUGGUGGUCCGCCAAAUAUGAUGUACAAUGGUGCAGAUCCGGCCAACCUGUACCACCACGGAUUUGCUGCAUCCGCCCAAGUAGAUCCGAACGCGGCGUACUGGAACAACGGCAAAAAAGGAAUGAAGAAAGGACAACAUCACAUGCAGCAAAUGAUGCAGCAGAACCUGGCAGCGAAAGGCGCGAAGGGCGGACAAGGUCAACAUCAGCAAUUUUACGACAGUGGAGCCGCUGGGUCUUACUAUGGGAAAGGCGGGAAAGGGAUGGACACUAUGCCUGGUUCUUGGGGCGGGCCCGGGCAGCAAGACGAAGGCUGGUAUGACGAACACGGGAACUGGGUCGAUAAUUCGUGGAACAAUCAAUGGGGAGCUGGUGCUGCUGGAUCCUACGGCAAUAGCUGGCAUCAAAACCACCUCCAGAAAUGGAACACCAAGGGCAACCAAGGUGCAGCGGCUUCUGCAGCAAACCAGAAAGGCUGGUGGAACAAUAAUUGGCACUGGGACCCACAAUCGCAGCAAUACGUCCAGUACGACGAAAACGGGCAAGUCGUUCCUCCACAUGUAGUCGGCAAUAAAUUCGGGACAAAGGCGGCCGGCAAGCAGGGCAAGAUGAUGACGAGCCAGUAUGGGAAGGGCGGAAAAGGAACGAAUAUGAAUGGGACCUCCACGGACCCGACUUACAACAACUACUACGCGUAUAACGGGACGGCGAAUAAUAUCAACCAGGACCAGGAUGCGCAGACGCUGACUCCGGAGCAAAUAGAAGAGGAGCAGCGGAAAAAGACCUGGAUCAAGACCAGGGAAGUAUGCAUUGCAAAAGUAUCGUACUCGUAUAAAUGCAUUACAAAUUUCCUCAGCAUGAGAAAUAAAAUUUGUAAUGCGGAUCUACCUUAGGAAAAUGUAAUGCGUUAUCGCAAUACGAGUACGAUACUUCUGCACAGGAUAGGAAGGGAAAUGGUGGAAUUUGAAGAAGGAAUGCUGGUUAUCGUAUUUGAAAACGUCCCCACCCCAUUAUAGCUGUAAUGCGACUCUGCAUGCUGAAAAUGUUUCUCAUGCGGAGCCUCAUGAGACAUACUAUCGAGUCGCGUUUUGCAAUUUGUCAUGCUCCAAUCAGCAUUAUAUACUAGAUCUGUCAUGCUGCUGAACUGCCUCAAACAGUACUACACUACCAGUUCAAAUUUGUCAUGCAAAACAGCCAAAAGUUCAAGUUGUGGAUUUGUGUACGCAGACUCCCCAUUUUGACUCUGGGGUGGGGACGUUUUUACAUAGGAUAUUGGUGGAAAAACGACGCCCCGCUGGACGAGUACGGCAAUCCGAUUCGCUACCCGGCGAUGGAGGCUUUGCAGGAGUCGAUGCAAGCGCUGAUCUGGAACACGUGCUCCAUAUGCAUUGCAAAUAUGUCUGGGUCUUGAUCUGGAAGAGUGUGCCUUGUCAUGCUAGGUCUGCAUUCUGCAAAAAUCUGUGUUGCAUGAUUACCAAAUGUGGUCCACUUUUGACCGAAUUGCGAGGGAGUUUCUCAUGCAGGACAGGCAUGAUAGAGAUCUCACAGAAUUUGUCAUGCUAGUUUCUGCAUUCCAGACGUCACGGCUCAUAGCAUAUCUGCAUUACUUCUUUCCGGACCCAGACAUAUUUGCACUUGAUACUCCAGCUCGAAACGCAAAAAAGCCAUGAAGAAGGCGGAAGAGGCGAAACAGCGGAAGAUGCAGAACCCGUUAACCGGGGAGGCGCUGCUGCGAGUCCAGGAGAAGUAUCAAGUGCAAAUAUGUCUGGGUCUGGAAGAAUGCAAGUUUGCCAUGCUUGUCUGGCAUGACUAUAAAAUCUGUCAUGCAGCACGUUGCAACCCAAGACCCCAAUUUUUCUGUCAUGCAGAAACGCAGUGUGUCAUGCAGAAUAGGCAAGAACACCUAAAAGCUCAGAAACUUGUCAUGCUGAGCCAUCACUUGUGGCCUCCUCAUGAUACGCCGCCCAGCAUUACAAGUCUCCAGACGCCGAUAUGUUUGCAAUGCAUAAGAAGACCCGGGAAAUGGAGGAAUAUAACCGCGAUGAUGGCACCCGGGACGAGCUGCUCCUCGGGCCGCACAUCAUCGUCCGCCGGCACGCAGAAGAGGAGCUGCGGAAGAUGUACGGGGUGCGGGGGCUGGACGCGAUCCGGCUCCGUCGGCGGAAGCACUUCCGCUACGCCUGCGUCUACGAUGUGCAGAUUCAGGACGAACAGGAGGAAUUCAGCUGCGUCAUGCGGUUGGGCGGGAACGACGGGGAGAACAUGCGGAACAUCUGCCGCUACAACCCGGAAGUCCACCUGCUGAUCAAGGGGGAAAAGGAUGAAGCGCUGAUCAUUGUACUUACAGAGUUUUUGAUUUUUUGGUUUAUAAGUUUUUCGAUAACUCGCUUCGAACUUGUUUUGAUAAAGUCGUAGAAUUCAUUAUAUGGUGGCUAGACAGGAUCACUCAGUGCCAAUCUUCAUUUUUCCACCUGGAGGCUGUGGCACCAGCACUUUUCGAUUUAAGUUGCCGCCCUCCUUGGGCCAGUGUAGUCCCCCGCCCCUCCACAAAGCAAAUAUCUUUGUAGCCUAUAAUCCUUGAUGCCAAGAACUGUUGAUGCACGAAAUUUUAUCUACUGAAUAAAUUAUCCAACUUCAAAAAAUGAAACAAAACAGCACGUCGAGACGAGCAACCAGGAAGCGUACGAGUACGCAAUGCAAGCGAUCGAGACGACUUUGCACAAGGUCUACAACCAGUUCGACGGUUUCAUCGUGGACAAGGACUACGUGGAGCAGAACAUGCGGCUCGAGCCGCGCAAGUUCGAGAAAAACACGGACUACAUUUCCAUCCUCGAGCGUUUGGAGCGGGAGGAGUACGAGCUGAUGUAUGGCCCGGUGAAAGUGGAAUACACGGCCGCCAACCCGCUGAUCAAGGCGGUCGGGGACUCCGAGGAGGGCAAGGAGGGCAAAACAAACAGCACAACGCCGCAAAAGGACAGCGGGUCGUUUCAAAUGUUCUCCGGGUCCUCGCUGUUUCAGUUCAACUCGAAGCCGAAGAAGGCACCCAAGCGGGCCGCGGCGGCGAAAAAAGUGACGUUUGAGGAAGUAGGGGAGGAGGAAGUCCAAGUCGCUGGAGGAGGUGGUGGCGCUCCUACGGCAGGAGAACUACAAGGUGGCAGCUCUUUAUCUUCGUCUUCGUCUUCUUCAUCAUCGUCUUGCACAACUACUGGGGAGGAAGCGGAGCACGAGAAAACUAUUCUGACCUCCGACAAGAAAACGAUAUUAACCACCGAGAAAGCGAAAACUUUAUCUGAGCUGAUGAAGGCGAAAGCUGCUACUGCAUCAAAAACCAGUACCACCAAGCACACUAGUACUGCCAGCGCCAACAUUAGUACAAAAACCGAAGAUGAUGCUCAUGCUCAUGUUGAAAAAGAAAACAAAGAUUCCGCUGUGCCGUCGGAAAAGAAGGUCAAGUCGGAGAAGAAGGAAAAGAAGAAAUCUUCCUCUUCUGCGGAAAAGAAAACCACGGCGCCAGCUUCUGCCAAGGAAACCCUGUUGCCGCCGGAAGAGCCCGAAACGCUCUUGCCGAAGGAGGAUUUCCAUCCACCGGUUGAGAAGAAGAAGAAAAAGUCGGCGAUUUUAUUGGCAAGGGAACAGGCGCUGGCCAGUGAGGGCAAGAUAACUGCAAUUGUUCCGUCCAGUUCUUGUGGCUCAGGCUCCUCGACGUCCGUAGGAAGUUCAUCCUCUACUUCCAGCGUUGUAUUGUCACAGACGACCCCUGCAGUUGUUCCGACAGCCGUGAAGAUGACAAAAAGUUCCUCGUCGAAAAGCAGUAAAAGUUCCAGCAGUUCUAGUUCCUCUUCUAUCCCACGAAAAAACUGUUUCACUGUGAACUUGUGAUGCAUGGAAUGGAACACACAAAUACUAUUUGUCUUGCUACACAUGCAAGACAUUGGAUUUUGAAGGGUGUUUUCCCUUGGGAAGUGCGCAUGACAAAUUGUCUGCGCCAUGUGUAACAAACUUGUGAUGCAGAUCUUGCAAAAUCAUCACAGUGAAACAGUUUUUUCCUGCGAUGUCUUCCUCCGCUUCGGGCAAAAAAGUGAAAAAAUCCUCCUCCAAGAAGCUGGACAAGAUGGAAACCAUUCCGGAGGAAUCUGAGGCAGCUAAUUCGGAGGUGGCAGCUCGGGCUGCGGCUAGUACUGCCGCUUCCAGUUCCUCGUCCUCUGCUACUGCGGUUUCUGUGGCGGCAGCCGGGGCGUAGGACAAUGAGUUCUACUCUUGUUCUAUCGGGCGACAGUUUGGAAAUAGAUUUUCUAGCUGUCGGAUGGAGAAAAUAAAUUUAUCGAAGUACAAAGCUUUUGAUGAAGAUGAAGAUCCCCAUAAUAGUAUUGAAGCACGCAAAAAUCGUCACCACCAGGAGGUAUCAUUUCCAAAAGGUGUGACUUGCAUCGUUGCAUCGUUGUGCGGUAACAAAACCAAAUCGAGCACAUCGAGCACGUUCUUUAGCUUGACUCCUUCUACCCCCACUCUAUAUUCAUAAAAGUUUUGUCUCUAUUGUACUAAAGAUUUAGUUGUGGGCUCUUGUUUCUUUGUACGUGUACUACUGUUGAAAAAGCGUUUGUAAACUUGUCCCUGUUAAUCGAUCAGGGAUAAAGAACGUUAUUUUUCAUCAAGGUACUAUGGCAUCUGAAAACUAGCUUAACUUCUGUCCGUCAUUCCAUUCGUGUAGACACUUUCUCUAUCAGUACCAGCAAGCGACCGCGUUUGUGACCUGAUAGGAUGGUGCCACGAAUUAUUACUUUUACAAGCUCGACCAACCUAAAUAUGAUCUACGACAGUGCAUAAUUUUUAAUUUCUUCGAUAUCUCCUACGGAAGCUCUUUGCAAAAAACAUACUUUACCAAAGAAAAAAGGCGAUCAAAAGUGGCGGUUAUGUUGAAAACCCACUUUAUGAAUCCAUCCCCUAGUAGGUCUCUUCGCGCCCGCGAAAGGCGAGAGGACGUAAGGCAAGAGUUUUUGAAGAUGUUGAAGAAAAGGCUAGCUGUUUCACUACGGUCAAAGUCUUCUUAAACGAGCUUUUGCUGUCUUUGUAGCCUGAAGCGUUUGUGACCAGAUUUGCUGCACUAUUAACUCGAACCUAAGCUACUAUUUGUAAGGUUCGUUUGUAAUCACAGGCUAAAAAAUACUAGUCAAUCUGAUAGAGUUUUAUCCUCAAAGAGAAGCUAGUCUCAUUCCACAUCGUCUCUAACUAAUCACGUACGUAAGUAGACAUGGGGUUGCAAUGAUCCAACUGAGUUGUAGCUUGGGCGACGGCGGUGCAUAAAAAUAUACCAGAUAAUAUACAGCACUAUCUAGUACAACGACCGGUGCCACCUCCACUUGCCUGCAAGAAGAGAUGCGUGAUCAACACUGCGGCCAAAACAAGUCGUGCCUUUUUCUCCACACUUAUAAAGGGUUUAGGGAUAGGGUUCCCAUCAAGAACGGUUCGACAGUAGUUGGUGGCUCAGGCGGUUACUUACUACUUCUGCGAAACUACACAAUGCUCAGAACAAAAACGAAGACUCGAUUUACUAUCGCGGAGCGAACGCAGUGGUUUAUAUUUAGAACGGCAGAAAAACGAUUUCAAAAUACUUAUCCCUAGGCACGGUGCAGGACAAGCAUGGGGCUACUUGCUACAGCGCUACAGCAAAAGUCGUGGAGCGUCGUUGCAGUAAGGACGAAAUCUACGACCAUUAUAUGUUUGUACGACGCUCAGGCAGCUCGUCGAAGUUGCGGAACGAUCCUGGUGCCCACCAUCCUACUAUUUCUACCAAAAUAUCUAUAUCGUAGGCUCUAUUCGCAGCUUUUUAGAUCCCAUUGCAGCUUCAGAAGAUUGUAGUUGCACUAUCCUAGCUGGGUUGUCGUGCAACUUGUGCAAUUGAAUGAGCAGCAGCACUUUAGUCGAUGUCCUAUUUCCAAAAGUUAAGAUUUAGUUUCGAUUUGCUUAUAUCUUUUCCUAAUGAAAUGAUAGGGCAAAGAAACGCGCCUUCAGGUUGUUUUAACUUCGGAUAAGUAGAAGUUUUGUAGCCGGCCACAUAGAAGACUACUGUCGGCCUAAAGCGAUUGUUCUACAGGGUGUCAUCAAAAACGGAAGACCGAAUUUUUACUAGGGCAAACAAAAAUUCAAAAAUAGUUCUUUCUACAGAUACUUGUGAAAAAAGCAAAAAAAACAUAUCACAGUUCGGG